AACGUCAAAGCCGGCAUUUCACACCGACAAAAACAAAACGCAAAUUCAAUUCAAUUGGUUAGCCGAAAAUAAAUUGCGCCGGAGCGGAUAUUCUCAAAUUUAUUGCAUUAGUCAGCAGCAGUACAAGUGACAAAAUGGUGAUUGCGAUCGGCUUCGAGGGAAGUGCCAACAAAAUCGGCGUCGGAAUCAUUCGCGACGGCGAGGUGCUGGCCAACGUGCGUGAAACCUACAUCACGCCCCCGGGCGAGGGGUUCCUUCCGAAGGAGACUGCCCAGCACCACCGGUCCAAGAUACACGACAUUCUGAAGCGAUCGUUGGCCGUCGCCGGAAUAUCUCCGAAGGACAUUGACGUGGUUUGCUACACCAAGGGACCGGGCAUGGCACCGCCAUUGUUGGCCGUGGCCAUUGUAGCCCGAACGGUGGCACUGAUUUGGAACAAGCCGAUUUUGGGCGUGAACCAUUGCAUUGGCCAUAUUGAGAUGGGUCGGUUGAUUACGAAGGCGGAGAAUCCGACGGUUUUGUACGUGAGUGGUGGGAACACCCAGGUCAUCAGCUAUGCCUGCAAACGGUACCGAAUCUUCGGCGAGACCAUCGACAUCGCCAUCGGUAACUGCCUGGAUAGGUUUGCGCGGAUCAUCCGCCUCUCUAACGACCCGAGCCCGGGCUACAACAUCGAACAGAUGGCCAAAAAGGGCACCAAGUACCUUCCCCUGCCCUACUCCGUCAAAGGGAUGGACGUGAGCUUCUCGGGAAUUCUAUCCUUCCUGGAGCAAAAGGCGCGCCCGAAGGCUAACCAAAAAAAGAAGCAAAAGACAACCGACGCCAUUCCGGAGCAGUUCUCCGACGAAGACCUGUGCUUCUCGCUACAGGAAACCCUUUUCGCUAUGCUGGUCGAAACCACUGAACGGGCCAUGGCCCACACCGGCUCGCAGGAAGUCCUGAUCGUCGGCGGUGUCGGAUGCAACGAGCGACUUCAGCAGAUGAUGGGCAUCAUGUGCGAGGAACGCGGCGCCAAACUGUUCGCCACCGACGAACGGUUCUGCAUCGACAAUGGCGUCAUGAUUGCGCACGCCGGCUGGGAACAGUUCCGGAGUGGAACGCGGAUGGCCUGGAAGGACGCUACUAUUACGCAACGGUUCCGCACGGACGAAGUCGAGGUCACCUGGAGGGAUGACUGAAAUAUUUUGCGGAAACGAAUUGGCAGUAUUGACACCAAAUAAUGUUAAAUUUUGUUAUUUUCAAAGCUGAACUCUUUAAA